GUUGCGAAUUGUUAUCAAACCACAAACAAAAACUUGAAACAGCUGAAGAUAAGAAAUUAUAUUACACUACAGACAUGAGCAGAACAAAUAUCAUGCGUCUGGUUUUAUUGCAAUUGAAAGGAUCCAAGGAUAAAAUUGCAAAUGUCCAAAAUGCUGUGGGAAAACUGGAGGCUGCUGUGGCCGAACAUAAGCCCCGUCUAGUGACCUUGCCCGAAUGCUUCAAUUGCCCUUAUGGGACUAAAUACUUUCGCGAGUACUCAGAGAGUAUUCCAAAUGGCUAUACAUCCCAACAAUUGUCCAGUUUGGCCAAGAAACAUCAAAUUUACAUUGUAGGCGGCACAAUCCCCGAACUGGGUGAGAACAAUGCCAUCUAUAACACCUGCACUGUCUGGUCACCCACAGGCGAUUUGCUGGCAAAACAUCGAAAAAUGCAUUUAUUUGAUAUUGAUGUGAAGGGCGGAAUCCGUUUCAAGGAAUCCGAAACACUUUCGGCUGGCAAUGACUUUACCAUCAUUAAUGUGGAUGGACACAGGAUUGGCAUUGGAAUUUGCUAUGACAUACGCUUUGAAGAGAUGGCUCGCCUCUAUCGGAACGAGGGCUGUGAAAUGAUUAUAUAUCCGGCUGCGUUUAAUAUGACCACAGGACCCUUGCACUGGGAGCUGCUGCAACGAUCUCGUGCCAACGACAAUCAGUUAUAUGUGGUCACCACUUCACCGGCAAGGGAUCCCAGUGCCGAAUAUGUUGCUUAUGGCCAUUCCAUGAUUGUUGAUCCCUGGGCCAAAGUUCUAAAAAGUGCCAGCGAAGCUGAAGAGACUUUGGCCGCUGACAUAGAUUUUGAUUUGGUGAAACAAGUGCGUCAACAGAUCCCAGUCUUUAGUCAACGGCGUCUCGAUCUUUAUAGCACUGAGAGAAAAUCCAACUGAAAUAUAUAUUGCAUUUAUACAUGUAUUUCACAGAGAUAUAUAUAUAUCAAAAAUUGUCCUAUAUAAUGUGUCCUUAAAGAAAUAAUAUUGCUGGCUUGGAUUUUUCUUAACAUUAA